AAACCAAAGCCCCACACAAAACCUCCUGCAAGAACACACAUGCAGAGCCCGUUUGGAUUUCACCCACUGCACUCGAGAACCAUGAUAAACACAAGGAGUCCGGGGGUUUUCUUAAGCUUGCUGAUAGCUCUUUCUUUAGCUGAAGUGGGCCAUUCGAGACAUGGAAGAAGAAGAAGUAACAUUGCUGCUUCCCUGCCUUCCUCUGAUAAUUUCAGUACUUUCUGUCUCAACGGUGGCCUGUCUGUCCCUUCAUUGAUCACUGGUGCACCCUUGUUUUGUAAGUGUCCUGAUGGGCUUUCUGGGAGACGCUGUGAAAUAGCUGUAGAGAAAGGUGACAGCUGCUAUGAAGGGAUCGGAGUACUCUACAGAGGGACUGUUUCAAAAUCAGUCAGCGGAAAAACAUGCGAGAUCUGGGAUUUACAUGCCAGGAGGCGUUACCUGUCCUCAGACCUUCACUCUGGACGACACAACUACUGCAGAAAUAUUCAGUACAGACUACGCCCAUGGUGUAACGUUCGAAAAAACCACCAGCUGGUCCGGGAAUAUUGUGAUAUCCCCCAAUGUGACGUUGAAUCCUCUUCACCUGCACCUUCAACUUCAACUUCACCCAUCAUGCCACAAGCAUCUGCAGACCUGACAUGUGGUCAGCGGACUAUACGGAAGCAGACAAAGAUUGUGGGUGGAACAGUUUCUACUGUGGAAUCUCACCCAUGGAUCGCUGCUAUAUUCUGGCGUAGCAAAUCGAAGCAGAAUGUUUUCCGCUGCGGGGGCAGUCUGAUAUCUGCCUGUUGGGUCAUCACGGCUGCCCACUGCUUCCCUGAAGGCUCUCAGACGAGGCAUCAACGCUUGUCUGUCACGCUGGGAAAAAAUGCACUCAACGAGAGUGACUCAACUGUGGAGCAAACUUUCAGAGUGGAGCAAAUCUUCAUCCAUGAACAAUUCAACCACAGUGAACAAAACUAUAACAAUGACAUUGCUUUGCUGAAGUUGAAGGCCAUGUAUGGAAAGUGUGCUGAAGAGACUAACUCGGUAAAGACUGUCUGCCUCCCACCGCCUCUGAAGAGCCUCCCGCCAGGGACCACCUGUGAGAUUGCUGGAUAUGGGAAGGAGAAAUUUGGGUUAUGGUACAACUCUCAGUUCCUCAGGAAGGCUCAGGUGAACCUCCUCGCUGAUGAUGUGUGUCGACAGAAGGAUUAUUAUGGAGAAAUGGUCAACAACAACAUGUUUUGUGCUGCACGUCCCGACUGGAGCCAGGACGCCUGUGAGGGUGACUCGGGAGGACCGCUGGUCUGCGAAGUCGACAACACGCUCUUCCUCUUUGGCAUUGUUAGCUGGGGAGACGGAUGUGCAAAGGAAAAUAAACCUGGUGUUUACACCAGAGUUACCAAUUACAACAAAUGGAUUGAAGAAAAGACAAGUCUGCCUACCAUCACUACUGGAACCAUGUUCCCUCAGAAAUGAUUUAAAGCUCAGGCCACCAGUUGUUUGGAGAAUAACAAAGAAAUUGUUAUUGAUAAGGCAAAAUGACAACUGUUAGGGAUUUCUGAGCUGUAAAACAACUUAAGCUGAACUACUUUAUAAGCUUGACUGAAAGAUAUAGCAAAUACCUUUACGUUUCUGUUUAUAUGAAUCAGUUUUUAUUCUUCCAUCUAAUCAGCAAUUGUGCUAACUCAGUUCACUGAGUGUUGUUUUUCUCUGUCUUCAAGCAAAGACAGAGAAAAACAAAGCAAGAGCAAAUUCUCUCCUGAUAUAUGAAAAGCUACAAACAAACCUGUGAUAAAAUAUGUUGGUGUAACUUCUAAACCUCUGCUGAGGAAUAAAAGCUAUGUAUUUCUUUUUUCUUAAUUGUGCCUGUAAUUUUGUUUCAUGGUAUGACCUUUUUUUAAGCAAAUACAGUUUUUACACUGAUAAUUUGCUGUUGUCUAUGUCUGUAAAUAAAUCAGGGUACUGUAGCUUUAAUAAAGUUGAAUUGAAAUGAA